ACUGCUGAAUUUUUGGCUUACUUCUGAAGCUUUACUCAUCUGAGGAGCUUUCUAGAUUAUCCACAAGUCCAGACUCAGUACUAUGAGAAAUGUGCAAAGCAAACAUUUGCCAUCUUCACCUUUAUUUAAAAUGUUUGUGGUUUUAGUUUUGUUUUACUUUGUUUUAACCAGAUGUUUUUAUUGCAUCAGAUCAUUUUAGAAGAUGCACCAUUUACUAUAAUAUGACUGCCUGACACUCUUUUGUGUACAUUUCCAAUGUGUGUAUGAGGCCAGUGCUGGGAGAUGCUCAGUGCUAUACUGGGUACUGUAAGGUGAUAUAUGACAGAAUCCUGCACCAUCUACUGCAUGAGGAGAUUUAUAGAGCACACAGGUGUGUAAUGAACCUUCCUGCACUGUCAUCAAAUGCUCUAACAGACUGGAAUAGCAGAUGGAUAAGCCACCAGACUGCAGUUUGGAGCUUGAGGUUGAACACCGCUGCCCUUAACCCAGGAAAAUGUUUCAAUAUGCUGGAGUAACCAAAGAUUCAUUUAAAAUGAGGCGUCCCUUUUGCCUCUCAAGAUUUGAAAAAGCCUGCUGAGGUAUUACAUACAGGCUGUUGAACUGGACCCCAGUGAUGAGUUGAACAUAUCUGAUUCAACCCACAAUCAGCUCUUGUGUCCAACAGAGCCGUCCUGUACUGUUCCCUCAAGUAGUACAAAUCAGCAGGAAGCGAUUUUACACAAGCUUCAGCCUGAUGAUGCUCUUGUGUGUGGUCAUCGGGCAUUUAGGAUGAUUCAGGCCACAAUGUAACAUCCUCAACUACAUUUGCACAGACUCAUUUUCCCAAGCAACGUCAUUUUGCAGCGUGUGACGUCGGGAGCCUGAGGCCGGCGCGAGCGGAGCGGAACUCUGCGCGGCGGCGGUGCUGGUGCGCGCGCUGCGGCGAGAGCGAACAACAGAGAAGAUGCGCCUUCUGCACUUAAAAACAGCACGACCGGAGAUCCGCUGAGGUCUCUCUCUCCCUCUCUCUCUCAUACACACACAAACACUCACACACACUGUCACACACUGCUCUGGCACCCGGACCUGGAGACUAGACUGAAUAUCAGCAUGCUGGCCAACAGCACAUUCCCGCACCUGGAAGACGACUUGUUCUUCAAUUCAUCCGGCAACGAAACGCACAGUGAAGCUCACAGCAGCGCGAUCCUCAUCUCCUUCAUCUACUCUGUCGUGUGCCUGGUCGGACUCUGUGGCAACUCCAUGGUCAUUUAUGUCAUAUUCAGGUAUGCCAAGAUGAAAACUGCUACAAACAUUUACAUUUUGAACUUGGCGAUUGCGGACGAGCUGCUGAUGCUCAGCGUGCCCUUCUUGGUUACAUCCUCGCUGCUUCGCCACUGGCCGUUCGGCUCGUUCUUGUGCCGUCUGGUUUUAAGCGUGGACGCCAUCAAUAUGUUUACCAGCAUCUACUGCUUAACCGUCCUGAGUAUCGACCGGUACAUCGCCGUAGUGCACCCCAUCAAAGCAGCCCGGUACAGGAGACCUACAAUUGCCAAGAUGGUCAACUUGGGCGUGUGGAUGUUCUCGAUCCUGGUCAUUUUGCCCAUCAUUAUAUUUUCCACUUCCACACCAAACUCGGACGGCUCGGUCGCGUGUAACAUGCAGAUGCCCGAGCCGCAGCGUCGGUGGAUGGCCGUGUUCGUGAUUUACGCCUUUCUCAUGGGCUUCCUUUUCCCCGUGCUGGCCAUAUGCAUGUGCUACGUCCUGAUCAUCGCGAAGCUAAGAGUAGUGGCACUGAAAGCAGGCUGGCAACAGCGCAAGAAGUCCGAGAGAAAGAUCACGCUCAUGGUCAUGAUGGUGGUCACGGUGUUCGUGAUUUGCUGGAUGCCAUUUCACGUCGUGCAGCUCGUGAACGUGUUCGAGGAGCGGCACAACGCCACGUUCAGUCAGCUGGCCGUCAUUCUGGGCUAUGCCAACAGCUGCGCUAAUCCCAUCCUCUACGGCUUCCUGUCAGACAAUUUCAAACGCUCCUUCCAAAGGAUUUUAUGCCUCCGGUGGGUGGACAGCGCUGCUGAGGAGCCCAUUGACUACUAUGCCACGGCGCUGAAAAGUCGCGGCUACAGUGUGGACGAGUUUCAGCCGGACAACAUGGAGUCGGACAGCGCGUGCAGGAACGGCACGUGCACGUCCAGAACUACAACACUGUAGUGAGCUGCACUGCUGAGGCAGACUGCUGACUUGAACACACAGAUAACACACAGAAUAUGUUGCUGCCAUGGUCACUGGUAUAUCUAUUGAUUCAGUAUUUAUUUAUUUAUUUAUUUAUUUAUUGUGCGUGUGUGUGUGUGUGUGUGUGUCUGCAGGAAUCAGUUAUUAACCUUUUUGGCACUAUCUGUUUUAUCAAAUAGGUUAAGACAGGUUUAUUCCUGUAGACACAUGAAAGAUGACACUGAAGCCUUGUGAGUGUAUUAGAUUAUUACCUAGUGUAGAUUUCAACCUGAUGUUUGAAACAAGAGAUUCUCAAAACUGAAUCUGAAACAAAUAUGCAGAGUAUUUAUAUUAAAACACUGACAAUGAGUAAUCUUUACUAAGUUGCAGUUAUUUUAGGAGAGCCAAACUAACAUUUUCUCUAACCCACUCUUUUCUACUGGAGCUUGUUAAAAGAUUUUUGUUACUUUCAGUAACUGCCACCACCAAAACAAUCUAAAUAAACAUUAAUGCUUAAUAUGA